AUGACGAAGAACGACUAUGCUGAAAAUAAUGAUAAUCGAUAUUCAAAUGAUCGUUCAUAUGAUUCACUUCUCCAGCAAUAUGAAUUCCAUAAACCGAGUAAUGAUAAAUUUAUCGGUGAUAUUUAUUUAUAUAUUGGUGUAGUUAUUGCUAUUCUACUUAUAUUUUAUGGUAUUAUAUUGAUGAUUAAGAAGUGUUUAUAUCUAUGUCAGAAAAAAGAACAAAAUAUACAACCAUCUGCAUCUUUAACAAGAGGAUCAAAAAUUCGUAGAAAUUCAAGCGUACGUAAUUCAUUAUCUCCAAAUCGUCGAUCAAGUCUAGAUAUUCGUUUUCAAAUGGAAUGUCGAGGACGACGUCUAUCACAAGCACAUCUAAUUUCAGUUAUUACACGUCAAAUUUGA